AAAAUCAACAUCUUAUUGAUACUCUCGCACCACCUCUCGAUCAGUUCUCAUCGAGCGCGCGAGAAGAUCAGUUCGAAAAGUGCACAGCUGAAAGCCUUAUUCCACCAAUGACCAUUCCAAGAUGCCGCGUUGUCGGAUCUCCAUUUUGAUCGUGCUGGCGGCAGUGGCGAUCGGUGCCAUCCAUGCUGGAAUAGUUCGCCGUAGCAACGAAAUUCUGCCGAAAAACGAAGCCAAGGCUCUGCGGGCCCUAGAACGGUGCGAAAAGCGCUUCCAGGAGUCCAAGGCCAAGCAAACGCUGGCCGCCUGGGAGUACGGAUCCAAUCUGACCGAGUACAACAACCAGCGCAAGAUCGAGGCUUCGGCGGAGUUUGCUGAGGUGGCAAAGUCGGUAGCUCGGGAGCUGCAGCAAUAUGAUUAUGACUCGUUUCGUAAUGUGGACCUGAAGCGACGCUUCGGGAAGUUGACGAUGUUGGAAAAGGCGGCGUUGCCGGAGGAUAAGUACACGGAUCUUCUGGAAGCGAUUUCCAGCAUGGAGUCCAACUAUGCGAAGAUCAAGGUCUGUUCGUUUAAAGAUCGGUCGAAUUGUACUUUGUCGCUGGAUCCGGAGAUCACCGAGAUCAUAGCUACCAGUCGUGAUCCGGAAGAGUUGAAGUACUACUGGAAGGAGUGGUUUGAUAAGGCCGGUAAGCCGACGAAGCCCGCCUUCCUGAAGUAUUUGAAUUUGACCAAGGAAGUUGCGAGACUGAAUGGAUUCGAUAACUACGCUGAGCUGUGGCUCAAGGAAUACGAUGAUCCCACCUUUGAGCAGCAGGUUGAAAAUGUGAUCGAACAGAUCAGACCACUUUACGAGCAAAUCCAUGGAUAUGUUCGGUAUAAGCUGCGAGAGAAGUACGGACCUGACGUCGUUUCGGAAACCGGUCCAAUUCCGAUGCAUCUGCUGGGAAAUCUGUGGGGACAGGUGUGGGAGAACAUCGCUGAUUUUACGACGCCCUUCCCGGAGAAGAAGCUUCUGGACGUGACCAAAGAGAUGGGCAAACAAGGCUACACUCCGCUAAAGAUGUUCCAAAUGGGUGACGAUUUCUUCCAAUCUCUCAACAUGACCAAGCUACCACAAGACUUCUGGGACAAGAGUAUCCUGGAGAAACCUACCGACGGCCGCAACCUGGUCUGCCACGCCAGUGCCUGGGACUUCUUCUCCACGGACGACGUUCGCAUCAAGCAGUGCACUCGGGUCAAUAUGCGCGAAUUCUUCGUAGUUCACCACGAACUCGGCCAUAUCCAGUACUACCUGCAAUACCAACAUCUACCGAUCGAGUACCGUCGCGGUGCCAACCCCGGGUUCCACGAAGCCGUUGGAGAUCUUCUCUCGCUUUCCGUUUCCACCCCGCAGCACUUGAAGCGGAUCGGGCUUCUCAAGAACUAUGACGAGGAUGCACAAACCAGGAUCAACCAGUUCUACCGUUCGGGCGUUACCAAGUUCGUGUUCCUCCCGUUCGCCUACACCAUGGACAAGUACCGCUGGAGUCUGUUCCGAGGCGAGAUCCCACCGGAAGAAUACAACUGCCGCUUCUGGCAACUGCGGAGCCAAUUCAGCGGUGUGGAACCUCCCGUUCGUCGAACCGAGGAAGACUUCGAUGCCCCGGCCAAGUAUCACGUGUCGGUCGAUGUCGAGUACCUGCGGUACUUCGUGUCCUACGUGAUCCAGUUCCAGUUUCACCGUGCGGCUUGUCGCCUGGCAGGGCAAUACGUACCGGGAGAUCCGGAAAAGAACCUGAUCAACUGCGACAUCUAUCAGAGCGUUGAGGCCGGAAAUAAGAUCAAGGAAAUGCUAGCGCUGGGAUCAUCCAAACCGUGGCCCGACGCGAUGGAAGUGCUGACUGGAGAACGUAAAAUGAGUGCGGACGCCAUUUUGGAGUACUUCAAGCCACUGUACGACUGGUUGGUUGAGGAGAACAAAUUCCUGGGAGCGCAUGUCGGUUGGACCGCUUCUGACAAGUGUGGAUCCACCAAGCAUGAUUUUUUGCCGUGAAAUGAGUGAGAUACUUUUAUAUAUUUUAUUAAUAUUGCAAUACUUUUUGAUCUUUUUUGAUUGUUAUACACUGACGUUAAUAAAUUGAGUGUUUCUGUUGGACAAUUGUAUAAUUACGUAGAAU